AUGAAACUACCCCGCUCACUAAAACCAAUCUUACCAACCAAACCCUCGUUCCAUCUCAAACCCUCAAUACUUUCGCACCGAUAUCAAUCAACUUUAAAUUCAUUUUCAAUCAAUCCAAACCAAAACCAAAAUCCUGAAUCUAUCCAAAUCCAAUCAAUUACCAAUUCUCAUUUUAAACUAACAAACGAUUUACAUUUGUUUUUUAAUUUUAAUUUAUUGAUUCCAAUCUCAUCAAAUUCAAUUCCAUUGAUUUGGAAAUCUUCAAGUCCUCAAAUUCAUAAAGAUUCACUUGAAAUCUUUAAAUUUUUAUUUCCUCGUCCAGGUACAGGUGAAAGGCUUCAACCUAUAGAUCCAUCAAUACGUGAAUGGAUUCAUUCACUAGGAAUCCAACUUACAGUCCUAGACACCCGAAAUGCUGCUUCAACUUAUAAUCUUUUGAUCGAUGAAGGUAGGAGUGUAGGCGUUGCAUUACAAGCCAUCAACCCACCUAAAUCAAAUACUUGA